ACUUCAACUUUCAACUUCUCUGUUUUUCAUACCCACCUCAGCUUCUUCCCCUGCCGAGAAAUGGCGAUCAGGAAAUCCUCCAAACUGCCUCAAACCGCAGUACUCAAGCAGAUUCUCAAGAGAUGCUCGAGCCUGGGGAAGAAGCAUGGCUUCGACGACGACGAUGGCCUUCCACUCGACGUCCCCAAAGGCCACUUCCCUGUCUACGUGGGUGAAAACAGAACAAGAUACAUUGUCCCCAUCUCCUUCUUGACCCACCCGGAAUUUCAGUGCUUGCUUCGACAAGCAGAGGAGGAGUUUGGCUUUGAUCACGACAUGGGUCUCACAAUCCCUUGUGAAGAAGUCGUUUUUCGCUCCCUAACAUCCAUGCUCAGAUAAAAAGAUGAGUCCUUUGGUGGGGGUUGUGAAACAGGGGGAGUUUGCCUUUCAAGAAGAAAGAUGAUCACCAAGAGAUGUAACUGCUUCUCUUUUUUUAAACAUCUUUCAUCCUUGGCUUCUUGCUCUCCUGUUUCUUCUUUCCUUUCUUUUUUUUUUUUCUCUUCCUGUGCUAUUUUGAUCCCAUUUGCCAUUUGGGUUUUUCUAUGUAGUCCCUAGUGAGUCUAACUUUCAUACCCAGGAAAUUUUUUCUGGGUUUGAUUUGUAAAGAGAUGCAAGAUGUUUUCCUCACAGAUGUGUGAAUUAAUUUGUAACAUUUUCUGUGAGAGAAGUUAAUGUUAAGGAAUGCAAUGGUAAUUAACUACAAAAAAAUCUCUCUUUCUAAAUCUCUGUUCCAUGCAACUUUCUUUGAUCCUUGUUUUCCGGUGGGAAUUUAGGGCAAGAAAGGACAUGUUCUUGCCUUCUUGUUUAGUCAAAUCAAAUGAAAUGAAGGACAAGCCCCAGCAACAUGUGUUUGUCAGAGAAUGUGGGGUACUUCGAGUUGUACGGUUUGUAAGGAUUAUUAUUUUCAAAGUACAUAAUAAGUUAGUGGUAUGGUU